UAUUUUGAAAACGGUUUCAUCAUGGAAAAAAAAAGAAGGAGACUGAUCGAAAUGAUUGUAAAAUGCUUGCAACGUUAAAAAAACAUUUUCAUUUGAGUUGUCAGGAGCUUUUUUGUAAUUCCAGUAGUAUAUAGCAGUGUCCAGGUUUAUUUUUAAAAUAUAUGAGAUAGAGUUCACCUGCAAGUCUUCACCUCACAGCAUCACACAUUAUUUAAAAUUUCAUAACCAAUUUGCAACAAUUUGAUACAAACUUGCAAAUUAAGUCACCGCUUUGUUUUUCAAUAACUUUGAUGAGCCAGAUGAAUUAAAGUGACGACUUUCAGAGUAAAUAAAUGAGUUUUGACGUGCGAAAUAAAGAGGGCCGCGCUGCAUGACCUUGACGUUGCCGACAAAAUUUCGCCGCGUCAGCUAUUAAUAGAGAAUGAUCAGUUUAUUAUUUUUCUAUCUUUCUGUUACGAAAACAUGCAUGUCUCAUGCAUCCACGGUCAAGUUUAACAGGAACCACUACCAUAAAUAACAAAGUAAAUAUUUUAUGCAAAUACGGUUCGAAUGAAUAAUUAAAACUUUCGAUUGCUAUACAAACGAGCAAGUUUGGAGAUGAAAGAAGGCUUUGUCAUGAUAAAUAUUGCUGCGCAGAUAUCUCAAUAUAGACGAGAGAAUUGGUUUUCAUUGAUCAAUCUUUGCCCGGAAAUAUAUACAAGUUUAAUUUGCGAUCUUAUUUUAAUAACAGUACGUAUAAUUGUACAGGAGGUCUUGUGUUUGUAUUUUGCAACUGGUGUUGCGGGUGAUGGCAAUAUUCAUGUCGGGAAACGAGCGUUAGAAAACUGAAACGACUCCUACACAGUGGGCGUGAGGUGAACAUACAUUUUAAACAAACCAGGUUUGUAUUUGAAAGAAAGCCCAAAAUCUUUGGCACGAUUUAACGGGUUCAUUUUGCCAGGGAAAACACCUGCGCAUAUGUCGCAAUGCCCUCUUGUGAUUGGCUAAUCAAGCCCUUGUGUCGUCAUUGAAAAACAUCUCCGGGCGACUCCUUAUAGUCUGGUGGGAGGCGCGAUUGUAGUCCAACGCAUUUCGCCGAAGCAAGCAAGCGAGCGCUUAUAAAGAGCAAAGGGAUCAAUUGCGAGCGAACACUUCACGAAAGUCCUAACUGGGAGAAAGACCUGCAGAAGAAAACGAUAAAACAUGUGGUAUACAAUCAUUUAUCUGUUGUCAGCCGUACUACAGAUCGACACUGUUUCAAGCACCAGAACAGCAAGACCAAAGAGUCGAUGCGAAAAAUGGCGGAUCGCUAGUUUCAGAGUGCCUUUCAGCUACGUACCAACUUGCAAUUUGGACGGAAGUUUUACAAGGAGACAAUGUCACUUUACGGCGAAACAAAUUCUCUGCUGGGAAGUGGACAAGUUUGGCAACCAAGUGAAACCUAAAACUCCAUACAGGCUGCCACAUACGAAGCAUGUUACUGACAGACAAAGAACCAGAACCUUACAACCGAUAACCAACGACGCCAGAGCAUCGGACUUUCUAUUCGGCAGAUACUCGAAAACGGACAGAACUACUGAGAAUGAAAUUGUCGAACGAUAUACGAAAACACAACUGCCAAUAACUACAAAACCUUUAACAAAAUGUGAGAGGAUGAGGAACCGCAGAACACUGGCGCAGUUCAAGACACACAAAACAACAAUGAUACCACAAUGCACCAGAGACGGGCAUUUUCAGCGGGAACAAUGCAAUAGCGACAAGACAAAAUGUUGGUGCGUUGGAAAAACAGGGAAACGAAUUCCAGGAACCAAAGUUCGCCAUCAAUUUCCAAACUGUUACCCAGGGACUUGUGGUUUAAGAUUCAACAAGAGUCCAUCCCGACAGCGUCGUGUUGUUGGUGGAAGAGAAUCAGCACCAAGGACCUGGCCUUGGCAGGCUUUGGUUCUCUUCAGUGAUCCUAAGCACAUUUGUGGCGCAACGCUGGUCAGACGAAACUGGCUUGUGACAGCUGCCAGUUGCUUUGAUGGUUUCACAAAGAGAAGGACAGAAUGGAACGUGAAGCUGGGAGUACACAAGUUAAACUCCAGUGAUGACGAGAAACUGAGUGUUGAGACAAUUCAUAUACAUCCAAAAUAUAAACCAGGAAAUAAGACAAGCCCAGGAGAUUACGAUGUUGCUUUAAUACAAGUUACAAGUUCAGCCAGGAUUCCACGCAACAUAAUGCCACUCUGCCUGCCAGACAAGCUUGAUUUCUACAGGCAAGGCGCAAGGUGCUCAAUCACCGGCUGGGGACAUACUUCGUAUAAUGGAUCGCUAUCAAGAGUACUGAGAGAGGCAUGGGUCGACUUGGUCCCACUCCACGAAUGCAAUUCUGAAAAGUCUUACAACGGCACAAUUAACGACAGGUUUAUGUGUGCUGGUUACAAAGAGGGUGGAAUGGACGCAUGUCAUUUCGACACAGGUGGACCGCUGGCUUGUCCUGUAGCGGGCGGCGUUUGGGCGUUGGCCGGCAUCGUUAGCUGGCGACAGUCAUGCGCGCAACCGUUCAAAUAUGGCGUGUACACCAAUGUCUAUGAGGUAAAACCAUGGAUCGAACGAAUUAUCAAGCGAUGAACUCAUGUCACCCUCACGUAACCCCCGCACCGAAUGCGUCUCGCGCGUGGGAUUUGCCACGCACACGAUCGGGGAAAACGGGUUGAGCGCAGGAAAGAUUGAACGGAAUUAAUAUAUUUAUAAAAUUGCGCAUUUUAUUCAAAGAUAAAAACGAAAGCGGCACGUGUUUUCUUGGUACAUUGCACGGGAUAGCCACAUGAUUAAUACAUGCAAUAUUAUAUCUGAUAGUUUUACUUUGCUUUAGCCAAUGGUGAAGAUGUGUUUAGAUCAAUUACUUCAAAAAUCUUGGAUAUUUCUAGUUUGUGCGAAUUUCGUAUAAAAACCCUUUGCUUUGAAGUUCUGCACAUUUCUAGGUGGUUCACCUAAACACAUCAUGCGCUGUUUUGAAAUAAACACAACCAAAAAUUGAUUUUAAGAUAAUACUGUUCGCUUAGACGAGUUUAAGUAGAUGUGAAUUCUGGUCAAAAUAAGCUUCUAGUGACAUUGGAUGAAAAUUGACCUUUCAUUGACAUUUCAUCGUCUUCAGAAUGUGAAGUGCUUAGAAAUGCAAUUGAAUAUUGUUUGGGUUGUCAAGUAAGAAUGUCUGACACCUUUUUUGUGAAACGUGCAUUGCAUAUUUUUGCAUAAAAAAAUUGAACCGGAUUCGGUGAAAAUACUGUACGUUUAUUUUCGGUAUGACCUAAACUCACGAUCCUGAAAACUUCGUUUUCUAAGCAUUUCGUCCAAUACAGAUUCAAUGACUUUUUUCAACUACAAUUUAAGGCAGUACGAACCAGAAAAAAUAACAUAAUGCUUCACAGCAAUACUCGCUGU